AUGUCACAGCCCUCCCCGGCCUGUCACAGACUCGACCACUCCACCUUCAGCGCGUCGCGUCCAGGAAGACCACUCACUCACCACCAAGAAAAGAUGUCCGCACCAGUCGCCGACUUCGACCACAUCUACCGGGGGCUCCAGCCGACCAUCGGAAAGAUGAGGAUCGCAGCCAGUGGACUCGGAUGGAAGCCCUCAGACUCACCCAACAUCGUCACCGUGGCCAAGGACGACAUCAAAUGGGUCCAAUGGAUCAAGGUUGCACGGGGAUAUCAACUCCGGAUCGGGCUCAACAAGGAUCGGGCGGACAUCAAGAUGGGCGAUCGGCGACGAGAAAGCUUCGAUGGAUUCCGCCCCGAAGAUCAAGAGAAAUUGAGCAAUCUGUUCAAGCAGCAUUUUCAUGUGACUCUCGAAACCAAGGAUCUCAGUCUGCGAGGCUGGAACUGGGGGAAGAUGGAUGUCCAGGCUUCGGAUCUAGCGUUCCUUGUGGCGGGAAAGCUGGCGUUCGAAGUGCCGCUAGCACUCGUCCACAACUCGUCGAUCAGCAAGACGGAGGUAGCCGUGGAGUUUCUGGACCAGACGAGCCAGCCGAAGCUCGAUGGACUCUCGGGCAUCUCGCGGGCGAAUGCCAAGAAGAGCACGACGGACCAGCUGGUCGAGAUGCGUCUGUACGUGCCCGGGAACGCCUCGACGACGGCCAACGAGGGCAACAGCGAGGCCGACGACCCCGACAACCCCGAGCUCUCCGCCGCCCAGGCCCUCCACGACCUCAUCAUGGAAAAGGCGGAGAUCGGCAGGGUCCAGGGCGAGGGCAUCGUCACCUUCCCCGACGUGCUCUGUACCACCCCCAGGGGCCGCUACGACAUCGAUAUGCACGCAGACUUCCUCCGCUUGCGUGGAAAAACGUACGACUACAAAGUGCUCUACUCCAGCAUCCAACGCCUCUUCUUGCUUCCUAAACCGGACGACAUUCACUUCAACUUUGUCGUUCAACUCGAUCCCCCCAUUCGACAAGGACAAACGAGGUAUCCGUUCUUGGUCAUGCAAUUCGCAAAGGACGAAGAGAUCGACGCGGAGUUGAACCUAGACGACUCCACCAUCGAGCCCGCCACAACCGUGUUUAUAGCCUGCACCGUCACACGCGCCUGGCAAACCCAGGCUUCUUGCACCCAUUCGAGGCUCGUCGGCCACGCAUCCGCAGUGCCCCUACCCGACCAACUCGAGUCUCUGGGCCCCACAGCGAAGCGAAUGAUCCUCACCCAGCGCGGGGUUCUCGGAUGGCCACCGUCGCCUCCGGAGACGCAUUCCUCCAAUCCCCGGAUCGGGAUCCGGCGGAUGCCAGCGCUGAUCCCCCAGACGGCCCAUCAUCGGCCCGCGCAGCGAGGUGAAGGCCGCGAAGAAUACCUCCCCAAGGCCCCGGGCCCUCACGGUGUUCCCCCAGGAUCCCCAGCACGUCCUGCAACCACAUCGGCUCAAGAAGCCCCAGCCUCCGGGCAGAGGCUGCUUUCCUCUCCGUGUGCCUGGGCAGAAUGGGGGCUGUAUGGACGAGAGAAGCACGAAGAAGGGGAUGGCGCUGGUGAGGCCAGAGUCACGCAAGCCAGCUCAUUUGCCCUGCUUAUGAGCAGGAUCCCGCACGCCUUCGAAUCACCCAAGGCCGCUCGUCCCAGCUUCUCCCUGUGCCACCUGACCCUGCUCAGAUUUCCUUUGCCCACCUCAGUGCUGCUCGAACCGUCUCCAUCCCUGUUCUGCCUGUACCAGCAUGCCCGCCUCGAACUCGAUUUUUUUCCUUACCCGGCAAUUCAGUAUCAGUGUUCCUAG